CCUUUGGCCGGAGUGUGAUGCGUAGCGGCAGCAGCAGCAGCGGUAGCAGGGCCCUCCCUCCGUCUCUGCAGAUAAGUAUUCGCAGCCUGCUGUACCAGGCAUGGAUGUCGGUUGCAGCGAGACAUGGCAGUGCGACAUUAUACUCUCGACUUUACCCUUUCCACGCCAGUUGACUCGGCCUCGGUAGUGCCUGGUCUGGUGUCCAUAUUUCAUGAGCAGGAGCUGACAGAGACUAUCCAUGACACAAAUGGGCAUGGAUAUCUGGCUACAUUUAUCGGCAAGAAUGGGAGGCUUGUCAUCCUGCGAGUGCACUCCCACGGGUUGGUCACCAUUGACCUGCAGUGUCAUGAAGAUGAUAACAUUGCACAGCUAGACAAUCUUUUAAAUGCACUGGAAAAGAAGUUAAAAGUUCUGUUAAAUGGCAACAUAACACGGAUUAAAAGGCUUCCUGCCCUAGUGCGAGGAGCAAAAGUUGACCGAUACUGGCCCACAGCUGACGGCAGACUGAUGGAGUAUGACAUCGAUGAAGUGGUUUAUGAAGAAGAUUCUGCAUACCAAAACAUAAAGAUAUUGCACUCGCGGCAGUAUGGAAACAUCCUAGUGCUCGAUGGAGAUGUCAACCUUGCAGAAAGUGAUUUAGCAUACACACAAGCCAUCACAGGUAAUGGAAGAGAGAACUACACAGGAAAGGAGGUGCUGAUAUUAGGAGGAGGUGAUGGAGGCAUCCUCGCAGAGUUGGUCAAACAAAAGCCAAAGAUGGUCACCAUGGUGGAGAUUGAUCAGAAGGUGAUCGAUGGGUGCAAGAUGCACAUGAGGAGGACUUGUGGUAAUACUCUCGACAACCUGAAGGGCGAUUGUUACCAAAUUCUAAUUGAGGACUGUGUCCCCUUGUUGAAGAAGUAUGUCCAGGAAGGAAGAACAUUUGAUUAUGUAAUUAAUGACCUCACUGCAAUCCCUAUAUCUACUGCACCAGAAGAAGACUCUACAUGGGAGUUUCUGCGUCUCAUCUUAGACCUGUCCAUACGCGUCCUGCACCCCAAGGGGAAAUACUUCACACAGGGUAACAGUGUGAAUCUGAAAGAGGCGCUGAGUCUUUAUGAAGAACAGCUGGGAAAGCUCUCGUGUCCUGUAGACUUCCGUAAAGAGGUGGUGUGUGUACCUUCCUACUUGGAGCAAUGGGUUUUUUACACGGCAUGGAAGAAGUGAAGACCCAAAGCUUUAUCUUCCAAAAUUCCCAGCAGCUGUGAAUGUGAAUGUGUGAAUGCUUCUCCGUUUUUCCCUUAGCCUUGAAGGUGUGGUCAGACUGAAUGUCACGUGAACACAAAAGGUUUAGGAAACGAUUAUUAAAUAGUUACUGACUGUGCUUUGUUACGCCUACCGAUAACAUAGAUUAGAGCUGACUUUAAGGCUUUAAAUAGAUUUAUAGAGGCCAAUAUACUCUUCUAACUGAUUGGAUGCAUCAAUGCUUAUUUUCUUCGUUUUGUCUAAGCCUGAAGGAAUGAGGCUGUUUGCGGGCGAGGCCUCAUUUUAAUGCAUCCUCAGUUCUUCAAGGUGGCUCUUCUCGGUGACGUAAAGGCUCAGAGGGAAUAGGCGGACGUCCAUUGCUGUCCAUUGCGUAUGCAGCAAACAUCUGCAUUAAGUUGUAAUGGUGAAACACUCCAACUUGUUUUAGGCCGGUUAAUGUAGGAAAAAUAAGUAAGAUGCUAAAGUUUCUUUGAGUUCAGUCUGAUCUUAUCUGAAGGCGCACAUUAUUUUAUUUUUUUUACCAUCCCCAUUUAAUCCUUCUUGAGUUUUUAAUUGUUUUAUCAGUGUUUGCUGCAACCUUUUGGGUUGGACUGUUCUGUGUGUGUGUGCGUGUUUAUAGAUUUGCCAAUGGUUUGCAUGGGUUCUAAAGAAAGUUUUACAUUUAAACACUGAUCUGAUACACUGAGAUUGUGGUAACUCAACCCACCAUACAUGUGUUAUCUUUUAUUUUAAACCUUGAGUUGUAAACCUUUUGUGAGUUGCUUUAAUUUGUUUUUGUUACCACCACUGAAAUGUGAUGUAACUUCUUUUUCUUUUUUUUCUUUUUUGUUGUUGUUUGUGUCCAUGCAGUAUGGUUCAUCCCCAGUGAGUCUUAAGUGUUAUGGUCCAGGUGUGUUUUUAAAGGGAAAUUAUUCCUCCUGACUGAGUAUUGCCAUCUUGGUGCUUGUGCUGGUUUUUACGUUAUAUUUUUGUAGCACCUUUAAGUUCCCCUGAUAUAUUGAGUAUAUUAGGUGCAUGCUGAGGACGGUGAAUGUAGCUUGCAUAUGUAUACACAGCACAUUAGAUGGACCCUCUGGGCCAUUUAUUUAUUCAUUUUAAACUCACCAAAUGCUGUUCUGAUCAUUUGUUUGACCAUCUACAAUUAAAGAGUUUUGGGGGAAAUGGA